GCAUAGACUCUGUUGUCGUCAGUGCCAUCUUUUCCAGGAAGCUGAAAUCUGUACCAACAGAAACUCAACAAAAAGGAAGAAAAUAAGAUCAACCAUUCUCAAACCAACUCUCCUUCUCCAUUUCUCUCAUUCUUCCACAUUCUGCCAUUCAAAUUCGCCUCAGCAUUCUACCAUUGAAACAGAGCAAACACAGAGAAGGAGAAAUGGUCGCCGGUGGUGCCGGAGGAGCCCAGAAAGUGGACGAGUUUCAGCCUCAUCCAAUCAGAGAGCAACUUCCCGGCAUCGAUUUCUGCAUUUCCAGCUCUCCGACAUGGCCCGAAGUCAUACUUCUGGGAUUUCAACACUACUUAUUGAUGCUCGGAACUACUGUUGCAAUCUCCACUAUAAUCGUUCCUUUGAUGGGAGGUGGAAAUGUGGAGAAGGCCGAAGUGAUAAACACUUUGUUGUUUGUUGCUGGAAUUAAUACAUUAUUACAAACCUGGUUUGGAACCCGGUUGCCUGUGGUGAUUGGUGGGUCGUAUGCCUUCAUCAUCCCAGCUAUCUCCAUAGCUUUGUCUCGAAGAUUCAAUUUCUACAUUGAUCCUCAUCAGAGGUUCAAAGAAUCAAUGAAGGCUUUACAAGGAGCAUUGAUAGUUGCAUCUUUCCUGCCAAUGAUAGUUGGGUUUUUGGGGUUUUGGAGGAUUGUUGCUAGGUUUCUCAGCCCUUUAUCUGCAGUUCCUCUUGUAACUCUCACUGGACUUGGCCUCUUUGCACUGGGUUUCCCUCAACUUGCCAAUUGCGUUGAAAUUGGACUUCCAGAAUUGAUCAUAGUGGUUAUAUUAUCUCAGUAUAUACCACCCCUGAUGCAAGGCAGACGAGCCAUAUUUGAUCGAUUUGCAGUUAUUUUCUCCAUUGCAAUUGUUUGGGCAUAUGCUGAGAUAUUGACUGCAGCUGGUGCAUAUAAAAAUAGACCUCCCAGUACUCAAUUCAGUUGCCGCACUGACCGUUCUGGGCUAAUUCGUGCUGCCUCCUGGAUAAAGGUUCCUUAUCCAUUUCAAUGGGGGCGUCCUAGUUUUGAUGCUGGAGAUAUCUUUUCAAUGAUGGCUUCUGCCCUCGUUGCUCUCAUUGAGUCUACAGGAACAUUCAUUGCAGCUGCAAGAUAUGGGAGUGCCACACAUAUACCGCCAUCUGUUCUAAGCCGUGGAGUUGGUUGGCUGGGGGUAGGAACUUUGCUGGAUGGAUUAUUUGGCACUGGCGUUGGCUCCACUGCAUCUGUUGAAAAUGCAGGUCUUUUGGGUUUGACCCGAGUCGGAAGCCGAAGAGCUGUUCAAAUUUCUGCUGGGUUUAUGCUGUUCUUCUCUGUGCUAGGCAAAUUUGGUGCUGUCCUUGCUUCUGUACCCUUACCAAUAAUGGCAGCCUUGUACUGUGUCCUCUUUGCCUAUGUUGCUUCUGCUGGUCUUGGGUUACUUCAAUUCUGCAACCUCAACAGCUUUCGGUCAAAAUUCGUACUCGGAUUCUCUCUGUUCUUGGGCCUCUCUGUGCCCCAGUACUUCAAUGAGUAUCAUUUCAUUUCUGGGCAUGGUCCUGUUCAUACUAAAGCCAGAUGGUUCAACAACAUUAUGCAAGUGAUAUUCUCCUCACCAGCCACAGUGGCUGCAGUGGUUGCUUUCUUCUUGGACACCACACUGAUGAGGAACCAUAGCUCGACUCGUCGAGACAGCGGGCGCCAUUGGUGGGAGAAGUUUUGGUCGUUCAACGUCGAUACGAGAAGCGAAGAGUUCUACUCUCUUCCAUGGAACCUCAGCAGGUUCUUCCCCUCAUUCUAACUUCAUAAUCCUAAGGAAAAAAGGAGAGGAAAUGUUUGACAUUGUUUUGAGUUAAAAUGCUUGUUCUUUCCUGACAGUAAAGAUAGUAUAUAUAUAUAUAUAUGAACACAGAACUGUGAUUUGCUUGCUA